AUGGCUUUCCUGGGGUCUGAUGGGCAGGUCUUGCACCAGGCCACCUUGCAGAAGAUUUUCAGUGACAUCAUGACUGUCUUGCGCGAAGACAUGGAUGUCCGAGAUGCUGAGGGCAAGCCCAGGUUCGCAGAUGUGUGUGAGUACUUGGCAGCACAAUUGGAAAGCCCGCUGCAGCGGACCCAACUCAGCCAGCAGGUGCAGGACCUGGAGAAUGUGUGCCGAACCAUCCUUGGCCUGCCAGCGCAAAGCUUUUGCGACACUUGCCCAGACGUUGCAGCCCUACAGCCCUUUGAGAGGCUGCACUUGAAGGUGUGGCAGCUGGGGGCUCACGAACCAUACCACGUAAAGGGUGCCCCAGCCCUUCACGCAGUGCGGGAUAACCUCCACAAGAUGGUCAUGGGCUAUGGGAGUGAGACAGAGAAGUACCCCCUUGAGGUCUUGUUUGCGUGGCCUGGACCAUGCCAUGAUGCAGCCAAAUGCACAGCUGGAACAGCCCUACAGCCCUACAGUGUUGGAAUCACCACUGGCUCGGCAGUGACAAUGAGCUCCCAUUUGUUGUGUUUGGCAUUGUUGAAGCUGGGUUUCCUCGAUGCCUCUACAACCACAACAGCUGGACGGCAGACUACACUGCCACUGGAGCCCGAGGUGCUGAAGAACCUGGCCCAGAGAACUUUGAAGUGCAUCUGUUUCUGGGUAGCAUUUAUUGAGCUUGGUAAGUUUGUCAGCCAGGUGUGCAAUUGCGAGGUUGUGUUCGACCGCAUCGUCGCACAGAAGCUGAGUGCGGGCUCGAGGAAACUCCGGCAGGACUUGUUUGCUGAAAGCAUCAACAGGCACAACCGCGCGGCGACAGGCAAGUCACGCAUCACAGCUGAUGAGGUCGCAGCCCUUCAGGUUUACGACACAGCCCCCCCCGAGUUUCGGAGGGCACUCAAGCUCAUAUGGGGGACCGAAAUCCCAGCCAACACUGCAGUGCCACUGCAUUCCUUCUCUGUGGGAUUCUGGACACCGAAGAAGUCCCUGUCGAAUCGAAUCUCAGCCCAAACCAACCCACUUUGGCACCAGAUCGCGACGCACUCAUGGCCCAAAAUGAUGGAGGUUCUCAAGAGGAUGGAAGGGAAAUGGAACUUCAAGUGUGUCUCAUUUGAGAAUAUACGUGACGAGUUCACAAAGAAGGGGCAGGUGCCGCCAAUCAACUCCAACUUCCAUUCCCAGAUGUUCAGGGAUUCAGGCAAGGAGGCUGAGGUGACGAUGAUGGCGAGUGUGCUUGUCCACUUUGCAACAGACCUACAGACCAAACUUGGGAAGGACACCUACAACAAGGUGAUUGCAACGUGGCGCACAGGCAUGCUGGACAGCAAGCUUUUGCCUGAAGUCCAGGCAAUGCGCCCAGACUUCAAGCUUUCCGAUUUGGGGUUUCUGUUCCUGACUGACAGUGAGGAAGGCAAGUUGCCGGACACGUUUGAGCAAGACGAAGAAACACAAGCACAGAUCCACAGACUUGCAGCCCUAGUGCGUCGCUUGAAGCACGAACAGGACACCAUGCGUGCGCACAAGGCUGUUGCUCUUCGGUGUCAGACACAGCAGCUUGCGUCGGAGGGCGAGUUCCAGCGAAGCCUGUCACAGGCUGUGGAUGAAGCUUGGCAGGACCAUUCGGUCUUCUUUCAGUUCCAUGAGUGCAAGUUGCAGACUCUCCAGGCCAUCAGCACCUCAGCCCAUGCACAGAUUGCAGCCCGACAGCUCAAGGAGACAAAGGAUGUCCCAAUCCUCAGCAUCCUGAACCUGCCAAUGCUUGGCAGCACCUGUUCGUCAUAUGUGGACAAGCUCACAGACCAUGUCGCCACAGAGCUGACAGGCAUGGCCAGCCGUAUGAUGUACAUCGUCAUCCCUCCGAACCAGCCUGAGCUUGGGUCUGGCAAGCUGACCAAGUUGGCUCGUGAGAAGAAUGUGCUUCAGCACCAGGAGAAGUGGAAGACAGCCCUUGAAACCAACAAGACGAUUUCUCUUCAUCACGCCCGCGCUGUUUACGACCAGCAAAGCAUGUACUCAGACGACCGUGCACUUGGGUUCGAGAUUUGGCUCGUUGUCGCAGAGAGUGUGGAAGCAGACCUACAGACCCAGAAUGUCUUCGGCAGCUCUGUUCUCAUGAAGAGGAAGGCUCUACCUGGUCUUGUAGAAGUGCUUCAUCGUUCCAGCAUGGCGAACUUCACAAAGCCCCACACUUUUGCUGAAGCACGAGACACACAGAGGGAUCUAGAUGUCGAGCGAAAGCAGCAUUUCAGUGGGCAGGCCUUCUUGUCACAGUUGAUCUCCACAGCCCUGCAGACCAGCAGACUUGGAGCCAAGAACACCGUGAUGAUCAGGGAUGAGACAAUGUAUGAUGCUGAGCUUGCCCGAGCUGUCAUGAGCAUCAACAGCAAGGCAGCUGGGAUGCCGCAGCUCGCCUACAUUGGUAUGUCUUGGGCGUCUUCAAGCAAGCAGACCAUCACGGAGAAUGUGAAGUCCAGCCUCGUAGAAGUGAUGAAGGGUGCGAUUUCGCGCAAUGAGUACGCCUUGGCAAAGAUUCCUGCUGCACUUCUGACCAGCAAUGCCCAGAAGACGAAAACAGUUGUGCCUGCCCUGGACUUGUCUCAGUUCACUGUGACUGCACCCCAGACCAACUUGGAACUUCGAUGGCUUCAGUCGACAUUGGAUGAGGGUGAGCUGUGUGGUUCAGUGAUGCUCCCUACCAGUGAGGUGUGGGGUGGCUUGGGCUGGAAGGACAUCAAGAAAAAGCACGAUGAUGAGUUCAAUCCGACAGGUAUGCUGGCCCGAAAGCGUGCAGCUGACAGUCCUGCAGACUCGCUGCUCGGAACCAAUUUGCAGACCGACAGACCGAAAGCCCAGCUGACCAGUGACAUGUCGAUGGAUAAUGUCAAGGACAUGGGUCGUUGGCAACCCCGCGGAGUUUCGGGCUACGAGUUCUUCGUGAACAAGCAGGGUGACCUCUACGUGCAUGGCCUUGUGGACAGUGAGCUCCCAGAUGCACUGUUCCCAUUGUAUGGCUUCUUCAAGACUGGAGCUGAGGCAGCAAACCUUCUCGAGUCAGAGAACCCAUUGGUUGUGAAGUACAGUCUGUCCGCAGAGUCAGAGAUCCUUGUGCAGGCUAAAGCUGGUAGCAACUUGCCCCCAUGCCUCUCAGGCUUUCAGACCUGCAGAGCUCCGGUUGCUGAGGUGUUGCAGGCCAUGACUGGAGCAGGAAUCGCAAACCCAAGCAUCCACCUCCACAAGGUGGACCUGGUGUCUCAGGGUGCUGAGAUGAAGUGGCAGGUGACCACCACUGAGAAGGCAUGCCUGAAGGCUUCUGUUGAGGAGCCGAGUGAGAAUGCUGGCACAUUCCCACCGACUGAGAUGAGCCGCUUGUCUGUGUAUGUCGACCUGUCAAAGUUGAGCAAGAUUUUCUUCGUCUUCAAGUUGGAGUAUGAUCCUGAGGCCAACAAAUUCAAAGGUAUGCUCCCAUGGGGGUGCUUAAAGCAGCCCUCGAGACUGGGCAAAGAUGUGGUUUCCAAGCUGUGA